CAGCCGCCUGUACUACACGUGUCUUCUCUACCGAAAAGAACCCAAACUACACAUAACAUGGUGGCAGCGGUAAAUAAAGAAACGGAAACUGUGCCUUUAUAACAAAUCUAAAACACAGCGAACGAGGAAAUUAACAAACAAAACAUCGCUACGCCUUCGGACAACAUAAACAACGAAUCCAAGAUGGCGACCCCCGUCGCCGUACAGAUGAAUCUACAUCCUAUUAUGAACUGGGAUUCUAGUGAUGUCGUAGAAGAAUUUUAAAAAAUUCAAACAAAAAGCUCAACUAGCUUUCAAAAGUUUCCUGAAAGGCACAACUGACGAUGAAAAGGUAAGCUAUAUCUUUUUAUGGUCAGGUAAUAAAGGAAUAGACCUAUACAAUAGCUGGGAUAUGUUAGAGUCCGACUGCAAUAACCCAGAUACACUUCUUGAGAAAUUUGAAAGGCACCUACAGCCCAGGUCGAACCAUAGAAUUCACAGAUACGAAUUCCAGGGCCUGAAACAAGACCCACAAGAAACAAUUGACAAUUUCCUGUCAAGACUGAAAAAUGUUGCAGAGAAAUGCAAAUUCAAAGACAGGGAGGAGAGAAUUGUAGACCAAUUAAUAUGGGGGUGUGCCCACAAAGAAGUGCAAAAAUCACUAAUAGGUAAGGACGCUCUCCAGUUGGUAGAAGCAGUAGACACUGCAAGAGCAUACGAAGCCACUACCAAACAGAUGGCCUCACUUAGCUUACAAACAAGCUCACUGGGUAGCAGUGUAGCUGUUGUAUCCAGGAACAGGACACAUACCCACAAGCAAAGAACAUGCCAGUACUGUGGUACAGAGCAUGAAUUUAAUAACCGGAAAAAAUGUCCUGCAUUCGGUACACACUGCAAAGGAUGUGGAAAACUGAACCACUGGGAAAAAUUUGUAGGAUAACGAAAUCCCAGAGAUACAAGCCCCAAUUUUCAAAGAGGAGCAGAAAUAGAAGAGAUAUACAUGCACAACAACAGGAACAAAGCACCUCAGAGGAGGAAUUCUUGGCAAUCGGCAUAAUAAAUGUGCAUGAGAUGGGAAAGGACGACCGGAAGAAAGAAGAUGAGGCAUACACGACAAUAAGAAUUCAAAAGAAGCCCGAAAGGAAAAGAACAAACAUUGACUUAAGGCUCAAGAUAGACACUGGGGCCCAGAGUGAUAUCUUGCCUGUCAGCUUAUACAAGAAGAUGUUCCCAGAAAAUAUGACAGAAGAGGAUAGGGUCAGGAAAGGAAUCCUCACACCAAGUGAUGUGGUCCUCACUGCGUACGGAGGCACCAGGAUUCCACAACUGGGGAAAACAACGAUUAGGGGGACACACAAAGGGAAAACAGUCGAGUGUACAUUUUAUGUCACAAGAACAGAAGGCCCAGCAAUUCUUGGACUCGAUACCUGCAGGAGGUUAAAUAUUGUGUCGGUCAAUGCUGAAGUGAAAGCAGCUCCAAGCAGGAUUGACAGUGAUAUGCCUAUCAAAGACCGACCACUAAUCACAAACAAAAAGGAGAUGGAAGGACUAAGCAGAAAGGUCCACCACAUUGUAAAUGUGACAACCAAUAAGCGCAUGUACAAAGACAUAGAAAAGACAGUUUCUACAUGCCGCAUCUGCCAAAAGUACAAAACCUCACAACAAAAGGAGGAAAUGAUAUCUAGUGACAUCCCAAGAAGGCCAUGGCAAACUAUUGGAGUAGAUCUAUUCACAGAAGGCCAAGAAUGGUAUUUAAUAAUGGCCUGCUACUACUCCAAAUUUCCAUUUGUGAGAAAAGUGAAAGACCUGACAGCCAAAACAAUCACUACAGUGGCCCGAGGACUCCUAGCAGAGCAAGGAAUACCAGAGCAGAUCAUAUGUGACAAUGGAACCCAGUUCACGUCACAAGAAUUCAAAAAGCUAGCCGAAGAGUAUGGGUUCAAUAUUACAACUUCAUCUCCACACUACCCCAAAGGUCAUGGGUUUAUAGAAAGACAGGUGCAGACAGUGAAGAGAACACUAGUCAAAUGCCGAGAGACUAAGGAAGACCCACACCUGGCACUUCUGUCCCUACGAGAGACACCACUGAGAGCUGAUAUGAAAUCCCCAGCAGAAUUGCUGAAUGGCAGGAAGUAUAAAACUACCCUGCCAACUAAGAUCCAACUUCCUAUUGACCAGGAAGAGACAAGGGCAAAGCUAGCAGCCACUCAAGAACAAUCACAGAGGUAUUACAACAAACAUGCACAAUAUUUACCUGAGAUGCUUGGAGGACAACAUGUGCAUACUCAAGAUCCCAUAACUAAAACAUGGAUCCCAGCACAGGUUGUCAGUAGAGCUGAAACUCCAAGAUCAUAUAUAAUAGAAACAGAAUCUGGUAGGCAGCUGAGACGCAACAGGGCCCACAUCCGCCCAACACCAAAGCUGUCGAGGAAAACGUGUACAACACCUGCUGCAUUGGUGACACCACCCACAGAAUCAUCACCCCAACGUGUACCAACCACAUAUCAGUAGCCCAAAAACACACCUCAGACACCGGUGCGAAGCACAAGAUCCACCAGACGGAGAAAGAACAUUCUGCCACCAGUUCGAUACCGUUAAAGAAAAGAAAAGUAUCUAAUUCAGCUAGACUACAAUCCAUGGAGCAAGGGAGACUACUCAUAAUUGUCUUCACUGCCAAAAGACCCCUUUAUAUUUUUUUCAAGAAGAAGGGAUGUUACACAUUCAUAUCUGUGUAUACGUGCAUCCCCACUCUUGGCACUAUUUUGUAGUGAAUAGUAAAAACUGUGUGUAAAGUAUAUAAUGUAUUACUACGCUGUAAUGU